UCACAGAGGCGUGGGAGUGGCUAACAGCAGGUGUUAGGUUUUAAAUCCACACGUGGUCUGGGUCUUGGGCUUGUUUAGCACCGCAUACACAACUAGAAACUUCUGACCAACUCAUGCCAGCGAGUUGCCCACGUCUAUCACUGCGGGGGCAGACGGGAUCGGACGACACUUUUGAUAACUCAGCAAAAUGCCAUCUUUCCCCCUCAACCAAUUUGCUGACUUGGAAGAGAUGAUGUGCAAGCAAUUACUGAAUCUUGACUUAAGGGAGCAGAACGGACCAAUGCCAUCCCUCAGUCUGGCAAUGAGAUCCCCAGGUUGCAUUGGGCAGCCACGUAACAACAUAUCGUUUUCCCUCUCGUCCCUCUCCUGCCUUCCCACUGAUUCUUCAGACAGUGUAUUUCUGACCUCCAGCCAAUGGGGGCAGCAGUCAGAAAGCCCUCUGUCCACCCAUCCCGCCAAUUCCACCCAGUGGGGAAAGUCAGGCUUCCUUGCCCAGCGCUCCAUCAGUAUGGUAGAGACCAGCAGCACCACAGCAGCAAGUCUAGGCUGGCCUGGGACUGACAUAAUGCACUCCGAAAGUGACAUCAGCCCCACUGCACUGAACACCAGCUCCUCCUCUUCCACCUCAUCAGUUUCCUCUUCCUCAGCACGCUAUAAGACUGAACUGUGUCGAUCUUUCACUGAGAGCGGGUUGUGCAAGUACGGUGGGAAGUGCCAGUUUGCUCACGGGUUAGAUGAGCUGCGGGAUCUUAACAGACAUCCAAAAUACAAAACUGAGCCAUGUCGCACGUUUCACACCAUCGGCUUCUGCCCCUACGGGAUGCGCUGCCACUUUGUCCACAACAACGAGGAAGAAAAGAAACACUCCUUGUCACGAUCGUCGUCGUCCUCCUCAUCCUCCUCCUCAGGCAUUCCCCAGCAGCCACCUUCCUCCUUCCGCUCGCACAGACCUCCUCUUGUCAGACAGAGCUUCAGCUUUGCUGGGUUUCCCUCUGCUCCCCAGCCAGCUCUUCAGCCUGCCCCUAAUGCUCACCCUCCUCGUGCCACUGCUUCGUUCACACGUGUGCCAUCAGCCUCUCCUCCUUCCUGUGCUGACAUUACUGACCUCCUUUCUCAUGCCUUCCUGGAGAUGGACUCUGCCUUCGAGGCCUCCCCUGUCCACCAGUUCCAGCCUCCCCUGGACCAGGCUGCUGCAGCAGAUCCCCAGUCUCCAUUCCUGCCUUCCCCAGACUCUGGCUGUUCUCCAUCUGAGCUGUCUCCAACUGCCUCGCCUUCCCUGACGCAGAGUCCUAGUGCUACGGAGGUCUUUCCAGGGCCACUGGGUGCCCGAUCCCUAUCCUACACCUCUCUGUCAGACCAGGACCAGGAUGGAAGCAGCUCUGCUAGCUCGCUCAGUGGCUCUGAAUCCAUUAAUGAAGUCAACGCCAGACGCCUGGCGGUAUUCAGUCAGCUCUCUGUUCCCGAUGAUGCUACUGGAUUCUGCCUUUAAGCUGCAGCGUGCUGUGAACACAAAUAUUACAUACACUCAGACACAAACAUGCAGAUCUGGGAUAGUCUUGAGACACAAUAUAUGCAGUACACACAUAUCCACGCUCAAACACACAAAAUGCUCACACGCUUGAACCCUUUAAAUGCACACAUACCCUCAUACACACAGCCGCUGGACUGACACCUCAAGUUCUUUGCACCUGUGUGGCAUCAAAGGAAACAAAGAAAGACUUUGUGACCGACUCAGAAGAGAUUCGCCGGUUAGAUUUACGUGGCUAGAAUGUCACUGUCAUAUCCGUAAGGGAAGCCAAAGUGACGCAGAAACUGAAAUGUGUGUUGCCACCAAAACCUAGUACAUAUCAAGACACAAGUUAAAUAGUUCUGGAAGUCAUUGAUGCUUUACAAAACUAGUAUGUUGAGAUGGCAAAUUGUGACAAAGCUAUUGUAAUCACAGUGUGAUGGGCCUCAGUGUUGUUGAGUCCAACCACACUAUUUGUGAUGCAUUUUAACAACAUCUGAGCGAUCUCUAAAGAAUGUAACAAAGCCAAAGACAUCUUUUGUAGCUCAGACAUUUUGAUUAUGGUGGCGCAAACACACAAUGUGACUUAUGUUUUAGGAAUUGUUGAUUUUUUUUUUUUCAUUAACUGUACACAGUAUUGUGUUUGUAAGCUGGUGAAACCGUUUUUUCCUCAAACCCUACAGUCUGAGGACAUGUUUAGGUCACUGGCCUCGAACCUGAAUGUUACGUUUUUAAUCAACUGAAGUGCCUGUUGCGUUGUUCACCAGGUCAUGUGUUGAAACAAUAUUUGCAUGUCUGUUAGAGAUGUGUGGAUGGGGUUUGAGUCGUUUUAUUUAGUGACGUAAGCUUAGUGUGAGUUCAGGUCUCUCCGUUGUUAAGAUGACUACAAGUGUUCUUCUGCGUUCUCGUGCAUUAUUGACAAACUUCCCCCAGUAAAAUACCAAAUGGUCAAAUUUAACCCACAGGAGGAAGAGGGGGAACUCCGUUUGAGCUUAGCAAAAAAGCAAAGUGGGCUUGAUCAUACUUUGUCAAAUCCCAUGUUCAUGACAUAUCGUUAAUUGUAUUACUUGCCAACUGGAAAAGCAGGACAUAGGAAUUUUAUGAGCUUUGUUAUGCUAAGUGUGCCAGCACAGACUGCAGGCGUUGCAGAAAAUCCAUCAGUAUUGCUUUAACGAUGGACCAGAAUAUAUUCAAUGAGAUGCAAUAACAUUAUGCUGCAUCUUUAUUUUUAGUUUAGACUGAUAUGAUCUGAACACAGCUUGAGUUGCAAGGCACUUGGCGUAGACAGAAAGUUUAAUCAAGUCAUGUGAACGUUUCCUGCAAGUCCUGUUUAACCUCUGGCAUUAUUCCUAAAAACUUUGCUAAUAUGUAUUUUUAGAUAAUCUUAAACACAAAACAAACAUUCCCAGGAGUGUGGAUUUCUUUCCCUCCCUUGUCCACAGGCAGCACUGGUGUUACAUUGCUUUUGAUAAAUAUUCAUGUUUUGUGACUCGCACCACCAUAUGUAAUUUCUCCGUCAGUAUUAAUUCUUGCUGUUACGGUUUUGUACUGUUAUGAAUGUGUAGCGUUCCUGGGCACAUGUAUGUGAACUGUGCUCCCGGGUCUGUUGCCUUACUGAGCUAGAUCCAGCAUUCUGUAGACUUAGGGUAUGUAUGCUUAGUCUUAUAGAAAUGUUACUUGGCUGUUUUGUGUGUUUAUGACAUAGUUGGUUAGAAGAACAGACACUGUGCUGUUACUGGUCUAUUUAAAAUUGCCUUUUCAUCAACAUGUUUGAGGCCUGUUUAGUGUUUAAGGUGAUAAUCUUUAGUAAAUUAAUUUCUUUAAUUUAUUUUAACGUAUUUAUAGAGGACUUUGAGUUGGUAAUGCUUGUAUCAAGUUUAAUAUAUUUGGUUUCUCUUCUUUUUUUCUUUUUUACUGGAAUAAAGUUUUUGUUUAAUUUUA